AAUCCUGCAUAUCACAAAAAACGAAUCUUCGAAGCAAAAGGCCCAUUCUUAUAUGAAUCAUUUCGCUGGAUUCUUGAUCAUUCAGACUUUAACAAGUGGCGCAAGACUGAGAAAAGCGGCGUAUUCUGGAUUAAAGGAGGCCCUGGCAAAGGAAAGACAAUGCUACUUGGCGGCUUAGUCGACGAUUUCGAGAAAAGUCCCCAAGUAGAUAAAAAUCUUGCCUAUUUUUUCUGCCAGGCUACCGAUUCAAGGAUCAAUACCACUGUCGCUGUUAUUAGAGGCUUAAUAGUCUCAUUCAUUAAGAAGCAUCAUGAACUUCGGUCAUACGUACGCACGGAGUAUAAAGAUGACUUGGACAAACUUAACGGGCCUGACGGAUGGUAUAUUUUGCGCGACAUUUUUGAAAAAGUCACGCAACAUUCGGCAUUACCAAACCCCGUCUGUGUUGUUGAUGCUCUCGAUGAGUGUGGACAAGAACACGGCCGCAAACAGCUCCUCAGGCUUAUCAUUGAAACAAGCUGCCGCGUUAAGUGGCUUAUUUCAAGCCGCAAUAUUCCAGAAAUAGAGAGAGAGCUCCAAGAAAUUGACUCUAGCCGAAUGCUUAGCCUGGAACUGAAAGAAAAUGCCGAAUGUGUCACCAAAUCCGUUGACUUAUAUAUCGACGACGCUGUUCAGAAUGUUAUGGCAUUACAAGGCGACACGGAACUCCAGACUUUGACGACCAGCACCUUGAAAAGCAAAGCAAACGGCACCUUCUUAUGGGUAGCUCUCGUCAUCGGGCAAUUGCGUCAUACGAAACAUCGCGAUAUAAGAGACGUGCUUGAACAAAUGCCAGAAGGCUUGGAGAGCCUCUAUAGCCUGAUUUUAAACCAAUUAAGCAAGCAGAAAGACAAGGACGUCUACCAAAUCCUACUCUCAAUUGUCGCUACAGCUGAAAGACCUCUCCGUCUAGAAGAACUUCUUACAUUUAUAAGCUUUCAAUGGAAAGAUUACAAAACAGCAUAUAGCUUACGCGAUAUACAAGAUCUUGUAAAGGAUUGCGGAUCCUUUUUGUCUAUACGGGAUGACGAUAAGUCUGUGGAUUUUAUCCACCAGUCGGUCAAAGACUACAUGAUGGGACCCGCUGUUAGAGUUAUUUUCCCUUCAGGAAUCGAAUAUCAGCACUACAAAAUGUUUAAAACUUCGCUGAGCGCCAUGUCUCGCAUCCUCAAACAUGACAUAUAUGGCCUUCAAGAUCCUGGAAGCGAUAUAAAUACGAUUUCUCCGCCUACCCCCGAUCCAUUAGCUCCCAUAGCAUAUUGUUGUGUAUUCUGGGUCCAACAUUUAUUUCAUAGCUGCGAGUCUGGGGCAUCUCGAGAUAAACUAUUCCUCAAGGAUGGCAGAACUCUUCACGCAUUUCUCAAAGUCAAAUUCCUAUGCUGGUUGGAAUCUUUAGCUCUCUUGCGCAGCCUUGUACCACAAGGGAUAGACGCCAUUCAAAAACUCAAGAACCUCCUUUUUUACAAAAGCGAGACCAAGAAACGCGUUGUUGCAUUUAUCAACGAUGCUUAUCAAUUCUUUCACUACUGUAGACAUUAUAUGUCGAAACACCCUUUACAGUUGUACCAUUCGGCUUUUGCGUUUGAAGAUAGGCGCAGCGCAAUUUUUACAACUGUGGCUAUAUCGCCAAAGUCCAACUAUGUGGCGGCGUGGGAUUCUCGAGGCGAUAUCGAAAUAUGGAGUGGAGAGAGCGGCGAGCGUACACAAAUAAUUAAAAGAAGUGCGCUUAACCACGAAUUCUAUUUUUCCCCGGCUUUCUCACCCAAUUCGGAACUUAUGGCCUGCGCCCAGGGAGAGAAAGGCGAUAUCCAGAUCUGGCACGUUGAGACUGGCAAGCUCCUUCAUCUGUUUAAAGGCCCAGAUGCUGAGGGCAAGCUCACGGUGUCACACAACUCUUUUUCAGACGAUUCGGGGUACGUCGUUGCGGGUUAUACAACCGGCCAAGUAAAAGUCUGGUGCGUAGAAUCUGGCAAAUGUUUGUGCGAUUUCGACAAG